UGCGGGGUUUCGGGGUCCAUUCGAUCAUGGUGCAGCGCAAGCAUGCCAAGCAGUCGCCGCCGCCGCCAAACCGACGGUCCGCACGACUUCGCUCUACUCCGCAACGGCGACAUCUUACCGCGCACUUUCCUGCCGGCGAGCUCGUAUCGGUUCUCUCAGAGGACGAUGUUGACGACGACGGUGACAACAUGAACACCCCUUCGUCGAUGCCUUCUGCGCGGUCCACUGCCACGGUGAUUGCAUCACUCGCGAAGGACAAUGGAUCUGCACUGAAGAAACCCGCGAGCGACGCCCCUUCGUCCAGAGGUGCCGCGUCGGCCAAAGGCAAAAAGCGUGCAACCGCCGCCACGCUGCGCAUCAUGACGCAACGCCGUCUGGCUUCAUCACCGUCGGACUCUGACAGCGAAUUUCAAGGAAAUUCGAUGCAAAAUCCAUCGAGUUCCACCACCGACACCGACACGGACGACGACUUGGAACCUCCUCCUCCGUAACUUUCGUCGCAUGCUUCGUAGCAUCCUCGUCAUGGUUCGUGGUGCGAAUGUGUAGAUCUUCUUCGAAAAAAGGCAAGCAACCUCUCAAACACGCGUCAUCUACGCCUACUCCCAAGCGACGUGGACGCCCCCCGGGCCAGAAGAACACCAAGACGACACCGCAGGUCAAUACAUCCUCAACCAAGAAAGCCACGAAGCCCACAGCGCCACCGUCCGAGGAUGCCGCCGCCACGGACGAGGAGCUAGCUGCCCCCAAAACUAACCCUGUCGUCAAAGCGCCGCGUCGUCGCGGAGUGCGGUGGGAACCUUCGGAAGUCGAGUACAUCACGAAGAUGGUCAAGACACACGGCGGGCGGUGGACGUGGAUCGCGGCGGAGGGGGUGGCGAGCGGCGCCCUCUUUCACACCCGCAAUGGCCACGACGUCCAGGACAAGUGGCGCAUCCUACGGCGCAAGGGCGAAGAAAUCCCCGACGAGGCGGUGCAGGUGGCCGCAGCACACCGCCGCCCCACCACCCCAUGGGGCGCAGAAGACACGGCGUUCCUCAUCAAGAUGCGGCACAAGUAUGGCAACCGGUUUGUGCUCAUGUUAGACGAAGGCCACAAGCUCGGGUACUUUGUCGACCGAGAUGCGCGUCAUUUGAAGGAAAAAGUGCGCAACUUGGAAAAACAAACGCGCGCCAAGACCGUGCAAGAGAAUGAUGGUCGUCCCGCGGUGGACGUGGCGGCAGCUGAAACGGCGAACGCCCGACAAGGUGGUGAUGGCGGCGUGGACGUGCCGGAAUGGGCAGAGGACGAGACGGAGAUGCCGGCGGUGGAUGGCUGCGAGGACGAGUCGAAAGAAGAAACUGCCCCACCAUCAUCUGAAUCCCAAGAGAUCCACAACCCACAGACGGAGGACGACCGUCAAGACAUUGUGGAUGAAACCGCGUCGCAGAUGCACGACGAAGAAACCCGGCCGUCCAAGCGACAAAAGAUCUCGGAAAGCAGCAGCGACUCGUCUUCUUCUUCCCACGACGGAACGAUGGCGCAUAUGCUGGACAGCGAAGGCUUUGGGCCGCAGACCCAGGCGGCGGACGACUCGCUGCCUCCGAUGUUUGACCAAGAGCCCGAGACCCAAGCCCGAGAUGAUGACGAAGAAGCGUCACUGCACACCCCCGUGACGACGCACCCAUCGUCAUCACGAGACGUGGCGCCGUCUACCCAAUGGAUGAAGCAGUCCAAGAACCACCGCCGGUUGAGCACUGGGGCGUCCACCACUUCGUCUUUGGAGGAUGUGCCGCCCAGUGACGAAGCCGUGGCGGCCGCCCUGGCAGAGUUGGAGCGGUCGACACUCGUGUUUACCCUGCAUGUGGUCAUAACCAGCCGAAAAGCCCAAGCGGGGCCGAUGCAAGUUGCGAUGAAGUACGGCCAAACGUUUCACGACCUGCAGCGUCAUGUGCUGACGACGAUGGCGCCGGACCGCCCGCUCGACACGGCCAUCGUGUACGCGUUCGACUUCUCGCCGCCCCAAGGGCACCACAAGCUCGGCGACUGGAUCAAAGACCAAGACCAUAUCUACGCCACGAUCCACUAAUUCAGGGUACUUUUAAUAUAUAUUUGCCACGUUGUUGAUGAGUACAGUGUUGUUACGAAGUCGAUAUACCUGUACCGAUGAUGUUGGGUACAGUACUACUAGUAUGAUAUCAUACUUGGAAGGUAGUCCGAAUUCAUGCAUUGUGACCCUAUAUAAGCU